GGCAUAUUUAGAAGCAACUUCUUCAAUGACAACUUGAUUUAGUUUUUGAUCAAGGAGUGCUUGCGCAAUGGCCGUGACGAGUUCAGCCCUACGUUCUGUACGUGUGGCCAUUGGACCCUCGGGACCCGCGGAAUCGGAAUCAGUCCCUGGUAGGGCUGGCCCUGUUUGAUGGCUGCCUAUUUUUUGAGGAGGAAGAGGGAGAACAGAGGAGUAUAUGAUAUUUGUUAUUUAAUAUGACAGCCCAGACUAAGACUAUGAUCUCUGGCUAGUUCGGGUCUUAUUUCAUGCGGAAUCCACUCACUCAUUUCAACUACACUCCUUCCACACCCGCCAGUAACCCCCGUGUCGCUCUUUCACGGUCAUUUCUGCCAUGCACCUUCGCUGUCUCAUCGCCACCAGUCUCAGUCUGGUCGGCUCUCUGGCGUCCCCCGUCCUCACGACUGACCACGGGGACCAAACCCACCUGGCGAAAUCACCCCCGACUCGCCCUGCCUUCCCUACCGUGACCGGCCAUGAGGUCCAUUUGCCGUGUCUCCAGCCUCCGCAGGAGGACGAGGACCACCGCGUCGAUAACGGCACCUCCACGCCAUUUGUGUCCAUGAAUGUCCGCACCGAACACAAUGCCCUCUUUGUCAACAACAUCAGCGUCUUCCCCGCCGCAUACCCCAUGCGACUCUCCGCCCCGCUGCACCAUGAGGGCCGCAACCGCAACCGCAACCGCAACGCCGCCGAGGAAACCGUCGUGCUCACCUACGGGGUCGACAUCGAAUACCUCCCGCCCAAAGUCGACGCCCAGCUCGGCGAUCUGUACUUCGUUGAGGUCAAAUUCUUUGAUGCCACCGGUCGCCCCGCCACCGCGGAGGUGAUCCACGUGCGCCUGUCGCGCGACUCCGACGAGGACGACCUUAUCAUUUCGCAGAUCAUCGUCGAGCCCCUCGUCGACUCCCGCGCCUCGCACGGCCACGGCAACUCGGUGUGGCACGCGCAGUACUGGCAGCUACUGGUGCGCAAGUACAAGGACUGGCAGAAGGCGCCGAAAAAAGCCUUUCACCCGUCGCUGCAUUCCGGGGCCCGGACGGACCGGGGAACCCCCCCGCCGCAUGUCGGCGACAAGUCCCCCUUCGCGGUGACGGGGGAGACGAUGACCCCUCACGACGUGUAUCAUCAUCAUCAUCGCGCGAACCCAAACUUCUGGCGGCUGAUUGUUCCGGCGACGGUGCCGGCGGUGUUGGGGAUGGUGGCCGGGCUGGUGGUGUGUACUACGGCGGUGCUGGUUUGGAAGGUGGUCGGGUGGGCUUGGGGUUGGUGCAGGGCGACGCGGCGUAGACGAUGUGCCAGGGGGGAAAGAUGUUGUCGGGGGGUCGAAGAGGCAUGGUCGGAGAAGCAGCAGCUCAUGGUGCAGGCGAUGGGGGCCGUUGAGGACGUGUAGAGCGCUGGUGUUGGUUCAGUCUGACCGGUCAUCUUAGGGCGAAGGAUCGGGUAACUAGAGCGGAACGGUGUGCAGUCCGUGUGCAUGCAAUCAUUUACGACCACUCAGUUCGGGUGCAUCUAUCUCUCGCUCCGUAAAUAACCCAAAUACUUAGCCCCCAUGUACUCUGUGUCAGUCAGAGGCUGUGCGACGGGGUCCAGGGGCUGAGCCAUUGAGUGCUAACCCGGUGGAUGUCAGUCUCAGUCAACACGAACGAAUGGAGCCGGGGAUGGUCAAUUCACAGGGCGACAGAGACCGUCAGCCGCACUAGUGGAAACACGUAGGGGAGGCUAAUUCACAAUUACUGUGUAAUUCACAAUCCUCCAAGCCACUUUCUCAUCCUUGGUCAGCCGGUGAACCGCCGCGGG